GGUAUGUUGUAUAACCAACCAGUUUGAUUUAGUGUGAUGUAAGUAAGUAAGCAAGUGUCUGUAAACAUACUGCUGAAGCUUUGUCACGUUUGUUUUUCUGCAAAAGAGCUGAGUAGAUGGAUACUUGAAAAAGCAAAGCAACGAAGUAAUUAAGAAAUAGUCAUUCAAAUGAAAUGAAACCAACUUCUCUGUAAAUAACGAAACUCGUAACGUUUCCUGCUUAAAACAGGUCGUGCAGGUAGGCAUUACGAUACAGUGAACUGAGAGGAAGCUGGAAUUUCUCUCCUUCAGCGCUUAGCCAAGCUGCAAGGUGAGUUUGUUUGCUGCUCUCUUGGUCUGUGCAGGAGUGCGCUCUGCUCUGCUGCCGUGCGCCUCGCCUCGCCCCUCCCAUCCCUCCGCUUAAAACUCUCCUCUGUGCUCACCAAUAAAGCGCUUUUUGUCCAGGGAGUCAGCACUUGAGCGCAUUCCUUGACGUGGAGGUUGGUGUACCUCUCCAAGGAUUUGAUGAAGACCGUUCGUUGUAAAGUUUAAUACGUUCACAGAAACCUUUUUUUUUUUAAAGAGAGCGCACAUUCGGAAAACUACAAGGUCUGGAGUUAUAUCGCUGAACUGCUCUGCUUGGAUAAAGACAGAAGCGCGACUGCGCUCCCAACUUUACUUCUUCGAAGUUCAGGGGAAGGAAGACUUGAAACCAAGAAAAGUGGAGCAGGAGUAGAGAAGGAAGCUUCUUCACUGGGCUGAGCAUGGAGAGAGAAAGAGUCUGCACUAUGAAGGUCUUUCUCACUCCGCUGAUGUCUUUUCUACUUCUUCUCAUCCUUCCUGAUGGCAUCCUGUCCAGCAGCUGCCCAAAGGAUUGCACCUGUUCCACACCAGAAUCCAUCUUAUGUUACCUGAGACGCUCCUCUACCAUUCCCAAAGGAGUGCCCCCACUCACAAAAAGUCUCUAUCUCUUUGCCAAUGGCAUUGAGGGCUUGACAGCUGAAGAUUUUGAUGGCAUGGAGAACCUGGAAAUGUUGGACCUCAGUCAAAACAAACUGACUGAACUUCCUGAUAGGGUGUUUGAACCUUUGACCUCUUUGAGAAACCUGGAUUUGUCAUCCAACCAGAUCACUCACAUUUCAGAGAACUGCUUCCAGGGCAUGGUGCUCCUUGAGCGCCUUUAUUUGUAUAGUAAUCUUAUCAAGACCAUCCACCCUGCAGCCUUCAAUGGUUUGGAGCACCUGCUGGAACUCAAAAUUCAGGGCAACCAGUUGACAUCCCUGCCUGCUCUCUCAAUGCCCCAACUGCUGCUGCUGGACCUUCGCUUUAAUGUCUUACCCAACUUGGGUCCUUCAGACCUCCACACCCCAAACCUGGAGUCACUCAAAUUGGGUGGUGUGGGGCUCACCAGCCUGAAUAAGGAGCUCAUAGGUAGUCUCAAGAACCUCCAUGAACUGGACAUCUCAGGAAACCAACUUGAGUCCUUCCCCUCAGUACUAAAGGAGACCCGGGGGCUGAUUCACCUCAGCUUAGCUGGGAACCCAAUGGGCCCUCUUAAGGUUCAGGACUUGCAGAACCUUGGGGAGCUACAGGAGUUGGAUAUCAGCAGCCUCAGUCUGCAGGGCCUCCCUGAAGAGUUCUCCCAGCUCUUCCCCCACCUCAGAAAGCUAACAGUAGCAGAAAACCCCUUCAACUGCCUCUGCUCCUUAGUGUGGUUUCCAAGAUGGCUGAGAGCCCAGAGCAUCACCCUGGAAAGAACAGAGGAGACCCGUUGCCAUUUCCCCCCCAUCAAUGCUGGAAAGGUAUUGGAAAGACUGGAGCACAGGGAUUUUGGCUGUCCUACCACAACUACAGUCACCACUAGUACUGUCAAAACUACUACUACCCUGCCUGUUCCUGUCACUACCUUGCCGAGUACUACUAGAGCUAUUCCAGUCCCUAGGGCCAGUGAUGACCCCACAGACAAAGAUGAUGACUCUCCCCUGCCCCCUGUUCCUGCAUCCCCCAGCAGCACCAGCAUAGACCUAGGAGUGGAUCCACAUUUCUGUCCCUCUCUCACCUGUCUUAAUGGGGGUACCUGUCGUUUGGACCAGCAUGGUCAGGUAGAGUGUACCUGUCCACAUGGCACUUCUGGCAUGUAUUGUGAAGUUCAAAACCUGCCUUCACCACCUGAAGCUGCAAUGCCCAUUGCAACUAUGACUACAUAUGCACCAGACAUCAGCUCAAAUGAGGUAACAGCAACCUCAAUCUUGGUGGACCUUCACCGCUACAUUGAAAUGCGGCCUUACAUCCGUGGAAUUCGCCUUACCUACCGUAAUCUCUCUGGGCUGGACCGCAGGCCGAUUCAACUCAGUCUGCCUGCAUCCUUCCCAGAAUACAGACUCAGAGGCCUGAAGCCCAACUCCACUUACUCUGUGUGUGCCAGUCCUCUUGGUGCCCCUAGUGGCAUCGAUAGUGUCUGCACUGAGGCCCAUACAGCACCUGAGAGUGUCAGUGGCUCUGAUGCACGGGUUACUGACCCACGGCUGACAACUAUGUUGGCGCCUGCAGUUGCCAUCUUGCUAUUGCUGGUACUGAUAGCAAUUGCUGUGGGAGUGGUAUGCUAUCUUCGCAGGAAGAGGGCCAAGGGCCACUUGGACUUAGACUGUGAGCCCUCCCAGCUAGAGUUGGAUGGAGUUAAGGCUGGCUUGGACAAUGGGGCACUGCCUCAGAAACAGCCCCAAAUUAUGAUCCCUGAACCUGCUGUUCAGAAUGGCAAUCUGGAAUAUGAGGUGUUGCUACUACAGGAUCAUUGUACAUCAAAUAACAAUAUGUCUUCACACAAGCCUUCCUACUUUUGACACCUGGCUUUGAUUACUCAGACCUAAAGGAGGAUUUUCAUUCUUCAGCUCUGUUUUUCUCACUGGUGAAAUACAGAGAGCAGCAACUGCUGUUGUGAAAGUGGAGGACACAGUAUCAGCAAGCCAACCAGCAAAGGAGAAACUGGAUGUAUAUUUAACUCGAUGCCCUCUGGUUGUCUAAGUAGACAUUAAACAAGUUAAAAAAAACAUUUAUUUGGACAUCAAAAAGCAUUGAAAGUGCCUCUACUCCAUUUACAUGCUGCAUCCUGCUUAAGUAAUCUUUCUUCACUCACACUGCUGGACUGGCAUCCUCUCAGAUUCCAAGUUGUGAUGCUUGGACUGAUGAUGUGUUGUUAUUAGCUGAAACCUUGGGUUACAGGACAUAUUGACCCCAUGCCCUCCUUCAUUUGUUCAUAAAGGAGUGUGCACUGAUAUCGGGUUGUGCUGCCUUUCCCCCAUCACAACAGCCCAGCUAAACACUAUCAGCAAUUGUUUUUGCUGCAUGUUGGAACUCUGUUGUACUACCCCAAAGAGAACAGUGCUUGCUGUGAAUAACCUUUAAGACACCAAAUGAAGUUGUGCAGAGAAAAUAGCUGAUGCUUGUGUUGCUUUAUUUGGCUCUAAAACUCUUGUGAUUUUUGUUUUUUGUAUGUAUGUUUUUUAUACCUGUGUUUUUAUUAUAUUUCUAUUGUGCAACAUUGUGACUGUUAAUAGCCCUCUAUACCCUCCUCCCCCACCUCUUGUGACUAACAGACAAAACAGCAGAUUAAAAUCUUUGAAGAUUAAAACUCGUUUGGUACCAGCAAAGUCAAUCAAAGGGCUUUGCCCCCAGAAUGUCAGACAGUCUAAGUAGAUGUGAGUCUGGACAGACUCAAGACUAAAUCCCCCUUCUCCAUUCUGAAGCCCUCUGCCUGCUUUACCAUCACAAAGGGAGAAGGUAAACAGGAUUACAAAAGGUACAGAGGGAAGCAAUUGACUGAACCCCUUCUGUUUCAGUGCUGCACUGAGCUUCACCUAGUUUAGAGUUCAUCUCAAUUACAGUAAACACUCAUGUGACUACACCACAGCAAAAGAGAACUGAAGAGACUUAAUUUAUUCUUUAUAUUCCCUGCAAGGGAAACUGUUUUAUCCCUCAACCACGAUUCACGUACAACAUACUGUUUGGCCGGGCCUACAACAAGCAAAGCAAGUAUUGGUUGUGUAUUGUGUUUCUCUUGAGUUAAAAUAACCUGCUCGGCGUAAUGCUGUACACAAUUUCCACUUGGAAAGAAGGGUCCCAGUUUUGCUCACUUGCACCUAACCAGGCUAAGAAAAGGAGUGUUUAUAUUGUUGUGUAGAGGAUAAUGAGACUUGCAAAGUGGAAGAUUCACUGGAAGGUGAUAAUGCAGGCAGGGUGCUUAGAUCCAAAUCUGUGAACACUCAGAGUAACCUUUUGUGUGUGUGUGUGUGUGUGUGUGUGUGUGUGUGUGUGCAUCUCUCUAUGGUUGUGCAGACAAAUUUUGCUUCAAAUUAAUUGUUGUGAGAACAUUUUGGCUGGUCCUCAGAACUUCAAAGGACUGUUUGAUGGUUAAGACUUGGUUUUGAGGUUCAGGUUAGAAUUAGAUUUAGCUCUGAGUUAGUGUUAGGCAUUUAUUUAUGAUGGUUAAAGUUAGAGUAGGGAGCUAAGGAAUGCAUUAUGUCAGGGAGUGUUCUCACAACUAUAGAAAGACCAAUGUGUGUGUGUGUGUGUGUGUGUGUGUGUGAGUGAGUGAGUGUGUGUGUGUGUGUGUGUGUGUGUAGCUCUGUCAGCUUCUGUGAUAAUGCAAGUACAUGUUCUGGCUUGUGCACAGACCUGCAGACAUCAAGUUACUAUCAGUCACCCUGUCUUUGUACCCGCAUGCCUAGAAGUACAUUAAGCCCCAAACAACUCUACCAAUAGACAAACACACCAAAGACACAUCUGUGAAAGUUACCUACAGUAUUUCCACAAUUAACAGUUCCAUGCUAAAUAAAUAUCUUGACAACCUACACAAAAAACAAUCAAGCAAUGCAACUGGAAUAUUUGUCUGUAAAAUAAAAUACAUUGAAGAUAGAAAAGUAUUUUCGAUGUGAUUGUUAAUUUUUCCCUGUUUAUUUUGGGAAGCUCAUUGUUGUAAUUCAUUGUUUUUUUUUAAUUGUGUGAACUUAUUUGUACAAGUGGAAAAAGCGAUAUUAUCAUUAAAUGAAUAUCCAAAAAUAAAA